AACAAAUUGAAUAAAUCUUGGUUAGUAUUUGAUCUCCUUUAGCAUGCACUUAAUUACUUUUGUAUUGUUGUGACCUAAUAACUUAAAUUACGUAUGGUAGGUGAUGCUUCAGGAAAUCAUCAUCAUGAGCUGAAGUUGAAGGCAGAAAGUGGUAAGUAUGGAAGGGAGCCAUACAUAACAACUUUACCACCAGCAUCAUCUCCACCAAACAAGCAAGAAAUAGUUGGAAGGCAGGGUCGUUUAUUACCACCUCCUGCUCCCAAGCAUGAUCCAAUUAUUGGUCAACUCACAACAACUACUCCUGAUCAUGAUGAGGUCCUAAUCAUCUUGCUUCCAACUACUACUAGUUCAUCAGUUGGUGGGAAGCACGAUCAUCUACACACUCCACCACCAAAGCCAGCAGAUGAGCAGGGUCCAGUCAGGAUCACAUCCUCUUCUACUACUCAGUAUAUGAAUAGUAACCAACACUUGCCUCUUCAGGCUUCCUAUUAAGCUUUUCUCUAAUCUUGGCCCUUCCUUGGACCUCACUCACAGUGAGAGCUUUAGUGCACUAGAAUCUGGAUUGUCCUCUUAUAACAUCUCACUUUAGUGCACUAGAAUCUGGAUUGUCCUCUUAUAACAUCGAUUGAGUCUUUAUAUGUUAUAAAAUGUUACGUUAACAACUAAGUAGUAAAUAUAGUAUUUGGUUUUUCUAAGAGUAGUAUAUAACCUGGCGUAUGAGUUAUCUGGCUCUCAAGAAUAAUAUGUGUAAUAGAUAUAGAUAGGCUGGUUAGUUAGUGUUAUCCUAUAUAUACGUGGAAGUUGCAUGCUUUAUAGUCUUGUAAUAAACUAGUAACUUCGUAGUAAAUGAAUUUGAGGAGUGAAUAUUGUUGUGAGUUAUAAUUAACGCAUUGUUAUC